CGCAGGUGCUCCCAUCUGUCCCUUUGCGUGCCUCACAGACUCUAGCCAUGGCCUCCGCCCUCCUCGCGAAGCCCUGCGUGGGCCUGCGCAGCAGCCAGCUGACCUCGGCCCGCCGCGCCCGCGUGGUGGCCCCUGUGCGGGCGAUGGCUGACAAGGCGCAGGUGAUCCAGCCCGUCAACGGCGACCCCUUCAUCGGCAUGCUGGAGACCCCCGUGACCUCCUCCCCCCUGGUGGCCGGCUUCCUGUCCAACCUGCCCGCCUACAGGACGGGCGUGCCCCCCCUGCUGCGUGGCGUGGAGGUUGGCCUGGCGCACGGCUUCCUGCUGGUGGGCCCCUUCAUCAAGCUGGGGCCCCUGCGCAACGUGGAGGGCGUGGCCGAGAUUGUGGGCAGCGUCAACGGCGCCGCCGUGGUGCUCAUCCUCACCGCCUGCCUCUCCAUCUACGGCGCCGUCACCUUCCAGAGCGAGGGCCCCCAGGUUGGCGUGAAGACCCUGACCGGCCGCAGCGUCCCCCGCGACCCCCUGCAGUCCGCUGAUGGCUGGAACAAGUUCACCGCUGGCUUCGCGGUUGGCGGCCUGAGCGGCGCGGCUUGGGGCUACAUCUGCACGCAGAUCCUGCCCUACUACACUUGAAUGGGCCCUUGGAGCCCCUGAGUGGGCGCAGCGCCUGACGUUUGGCGCUGGGUGGCAGGCCGCACCUGCCCGCCCGCUUGGAUCUCGGGCCUGCGUGGUAGCGGGUGGUCCCGGCACCUGCGCUGGGCCACUCCUCCAUGCAUGGGGCAGCGGCUGAUGUGGUGGUCAUGAGAAGAACUAUUAAACCCGCAAAUGUCACCACUGGCCAUUCGCUCUCUGGUACUGCUUGUUUCCGCGUGCGCGCCGCUGCGCGCAACGUGUAGGACGCUAUCUGGUGUUGUAACAUACUCGCCUCAGAUCAAAA